AGGACUCGGCCCUGGCAGCUAUAAUAUAGAACUAAGGCAGACUCCUCUCACAAGCGUCUCUAGCCUUGCUACCAUUAAAAUCAGACCCUUUUUGUCUCCCGAUUGCUGUCUCACGACCCAACUCCGAUGUGUUCCGUUAUCAGCGACCUAGAGCCUGCCAUUCCAGCACCUGUCUUGCUAGGGAUCGGUGGAUAGCAUACGAUUCAGAAAGCAGACAAGGACAUAGGAAGAGAGCUAUCUAGAGAGACAGCCAGGGAUAGCCACAGAAAGCUGGGAAGUAAUUGGAUUCAAUGGACGAAAUGCUGCUGUUGACAAGAAUUCUCUUGGUGGGCUUCAUCUGCGCUCUUUUGGUCUCCUCGGGGCUGCCUUGUGGACCGGGCAGGGGGAUUGGAAAAAGGAGACACCCCAAAAAACUGACCCCUUUAGCCUAUAAGCAGUAUAUCCCCAAUGUGGCAGAGAAGACCCUAGGGGCCAGUGGAAGAUAUGAAGGGAAGAUCAUAAGAAACUCCGAGAGAUUUAAAGAACUAACCCCAAAUUACAACCCUGACAUUAUUUUUAAGGAUGAAGAGAACACUGGAGCUGACAGACUGAUGACUCAGCGCUGCAAGGACAAGCUGAACGCCCUGGCCAUCUCGGUGAUGAACCAGUGGCCCGGCGUGAAGCUGCGGGUGACCGAGGGCUGGGACGAGGACGGCCACCACUCCGAGGAGUCGCUGCACUACGAGGGCCGCGCCGUGGACAUCACCACGUCGGACCGGGACCGCAGCAAGUACGGCAUGCUGGCCCGCCUGGCCGUGGAGGCGGGCUUCGACUGGGUCUACUACGAGUCCAAGGCCCACAUCCACUGCUCCGUCAAAGCAGAGAACUCAGUGGCUGCCAAGUCGGGCGGCUGCUUCCCGGGCUCAGCCACCGUGAGGCUGGAGCAAGGCGGCACAAAGCUGGUGCAGGAGCUGAGCCCCGGUGACCGCGUGCUGGCUGCAGACGCACAGGGCCGCCUGCUCUACAGCGAUUUCUUGGCCUUCCUGGACCACGAGCAGGGCGCCCGCAAGCUCUUCUACGUGGUGGAGACACGGCAGCCGCGAGCCCGCCUGCUGCUUACCGCCGCCCACCUGCUUUUUGUGGCGCCGCCACCUCACAACCGCUCCGAGCCUGGGCCAGGGCCGGGGCAGGGGCCAGGGCCGGGGCCCCGCAGCCAGGCACUGUUUGCCAGCCGUGUGCGGCCAGGCCAGCGGGUCUAUGUGUUGGGCGAGGGUGGGCAGCGCCUGGUGCCAGCGGCGGUGCACAGUGUGUCACUGCAGGAGGAGGCAUCGGGUGCCUACGCACCACUGACAGCGCAGGGCACCAUCCUAGUGGACCGUGUGCUGGCCUCAUGCUAUGCUGUCAUCGAGGAGCAUGGCUGGGCACACUGGGCCUUCGCACCGCUGCGCCUGGCCCACGCCCUCCUGGCUGCCCUCUGCCCCAGCUGUGGUCUGCCCGAUGAGGCGGCGGUGCCCCCUCCUGGCAUCCACUGGUACUCGCGCCUCCUCUACCGCCUGGGCAGCUGGGUACUGGAUAGCGACGCACUGCACCCACUAGGCAUGGCCGGGCCAGCUAGCUGAGAGCCACGCCGGCCACGCCAGGAGACGCGGCUGCUUACGUGCACGAGCCAGCGCGGAUCCAGACUGAUUCCGAAGUCACGUCCCCUCCUACUCCUCCCCCUGCAGUAGGACAGCCCAAAGUAGACUUGAAUGGAGAGAGCCGAGCCCCCAGGGACUUCUGUCCCACCUAGUUUAUAAAUAUAUAUAUUUUUAUUUGAGGGGGGAGGAUUAUUUUUUGGGGGGGAGGGGUUGUUUUGUUUUCUCCUCUCCUGGAUAUUUAUUUGGUCGGUAUUUUGCCUCAAUGGCCUGAAUGGGACCUUCAGGAGCCUUAACGCCUUUCUCUGAUAAUUUAUUAUCAUGUGAACUGUACUCACAGGGAUCACAAAAGAAAAGACACAGAUUAUUUUGGGAGGCUGAGCAAAACCACGCAGAGUCUAUUUUUCUACCUGUCACGCGAGUCCUGACUUUCCCAACAAGCAAAAAUACUCCACCCUUCCCCAUCCCGCCGUUGCAGCAGCUCCUUGGUUUCAGCCAGUCUUAACAACCAACCAACUCACCAACCCACGCACCCACCGACUGACCGACAAAAAAAAAAAAAAAAAAA